UGCUGGCACCAUGCAGCCCGCUCGCCUCCUCCUCUUCCUUCUCCUUCUGCUCCCUGGGACGGCGGCAGAUCCAGAGGGCUCCUGUAAACUCCACCUUUUCCAAACCAUGAUCUUCCACAACACCAGCUUUGUAGAUUUUUCAGCCUGGGCCACCCUGGAGGACAUGAUCUUUGUUAGAUGGCAGAAACACAACAACAGCGUCCUCUACUGCUACCCAUGGGUCUAUCCAGCCCUGCCUAAUGCACAGUGGAAGAACUUGAUAAACAUGUUCAAGAUCUACUUUCAGAACUUCAUAUUGUCCCUCUCCACUGAUGCUAGCCAGUUACAGACGCCCUACCCCUUUGUCAUCCAGGCCACAGCCGGCUGCGACUUGUAUCCCAAUGGCUCCUACACCAGAUUUGGCCAUCUUGCCUUCAAUGCCCAUGAAUUCCUCAGCUUCAAUGUAGACAACAGGCACUGGGAGAGGAAGCAGAACAGUCAGCUGGCAGCACAAGUUGAGAAAGAGUUCAGCAGCUACACUGGCAUCUCUCAGACCCUGCAGUUCCUCCUCAAUGUGACCUGUGUUGACCACAUGAAGAAAUUCAUCAAGUUUGGGAAGGCUGAUCUGGAGAGACAAGAGCUCCCCGUGGCCACGGUCUUCGCCCGCACGCCCAGCCCAGCCCAGCUCCUGCUCGUUUGCCACGUCACCGGCUUCUACCCACGGCCCAUCAGCGUGGCCUGGCUGCGGGACGGCCAGGAGGUGCUGCCGGGCCCGGCGCUCAGCACCAGCGCCAUCCUGCCCAACGCCGACCUCACCUACCAGCUGCGCAGCGUCCUGGCUGUGGCCCCCCGCGAUGGGCACAGCUACGCCUGCCGUGUGCGCCACAGCAGCCUGGGCACCCGCAGCCUCCUCGUGCCCUGGGGUAUGUGGCACCUGGGGCUCUGGGGUACAGUAGCCCUACAGACCUCCUUGGAGGUUAGUGGGCCAGGUUGCAAUGGCAGCUCCAGUCCUGGCCUCUCAUGCACUCACACAAGCCCUCUCUCUUCUUUCCCCUUCAGACAGCUCCAAUAUAGGUCUUGCUGUUGGCAUCACUAUAGUGGUGCUGCUGAUUGUGGCUGUAGGCCUCUCCGGAGCCAUCCGGCACUACAGGCAUAAGUGAGGUCUCCUCUCACCCAGCUGCACCAGCCCCUUCAGCUCCAGGGUACAGUAGCUGCCUGCCCUUGACCAGCCUCACCCAUCUCCUGCAGGAGCUGAAAGCAGAUGACACAGCACACUGCAGGGUGUCCCCGAGGCCACGCUA